UGCACAUUUCUCGUUCAUUCCAUUUUCCGGAUCAUAUCUUCGCUUUCUUGAUGUGGUGUGCCUCCAGAUUUGCUGCAAAAAAUAAUCCGCUCAAUUUUGUGCCACCUUUACAUGAGUUCUUUUGAUUGAGUGAUGCUUGCAUUCAAAUUAAAUGGCAUUCGCCUACGCCGUCUUCGCCCAGUUUCUUAGCUUGGAGGUGGCUGCGUUGUUGGAGAAAAAACAAGUUUCUCACUGUGGUCGGGCAAGGAUGUGGAAGGCUUUGGCAGGAACAAUUUCGAUUUGAUUUAGAAGGAGGCUUUGAACACAAUUCAUUGAAAUUGGGGAGAACUUGCCCAAAGCAAAAGGUUCAGACUAGGACAUGCAGACAGCUGUUUCAGUGGAUGGUUGAGUUGACUCAUUGACUCUGUAGUUCAGCGCUGGCCGAAGACUGAAAUUCCAAAACCUGCUAUAAAAAGAUUGUUGCAAAGAAGCUGUCUGCUGUGCAGCUGCAGCUUAAGCAACCUAAUUAAUAUGUGCACAGAAACAUGUUUCCCAGAGGCGGGAGCUUGACUGUCAGCCACCUGUACAAAUUGAGAUUCCUAGAAGAUAAGCUGUUGAAACUGGCAAAAAAUGGUCAAAACCAAAGAGUGGAGACUCAGUUCAGGCCAAAUAUUCUACGGGAAAUGCCAGGAGUGCCAUUCCGCAGCUGGUUGCCGCAGUAUUUUGUGCAAAAUUUGGACAAUGAUGUGCAUGUCUGGAUGUCUUAAUGUUUAACUAUAGCUUGUACGUUUUCAGGGUGGUAGUGCCUGUAGAUGAGAGGAGAUUUUGAUGCCAAGAGCACGUUGCCAACUGGGGUUUGGCGCAGGCCUGACAGGUUCCAAGACUUCGUGAUGGUCCCAGUCACACUUUGACAGCUUAAACACCAACCACGGGUGUGGACGCAGGUUUGGCGUCAAAGGCUUUGGUCCCCACCCACCACAGGCUCAAACCUUUCACCCAGCUGUGUGUACAAUGAGGGCCGCCAAGAGCUCUGCAACGCUAGAGACCUGUGAUUGCUCUGUUCUUACCAUCAGGCGUAAAGCGGCCACGGGACACAGCAGCAGCAGCAGCAGCAGCAUUGAGAGAUGGUGAGAGAUGGAAGGAGCAGAGCCAGUCGACCCAAGGUACCCAAGGUACCCCUUCUUCGAGUCUGACCCAUUCUUUGUUGUUUGAGGCCCAUCCUGAAGAACCGUUUCGCAGCAUACAGUUUUGGCAUGUCAUCUCAACCAGCUCCCUGGUUUGCACCGUUGUGGUUGGAAGAUUCCUGACAAGUUAGUUGGAUCGCCUUCCACUUGAAUCGUGAUAUGAUCUCCAGCUAUUCUCAUGGUAUGAGACAGAUGAACAAGUUUACGCCAACCUGGAUGGAGCCUAGAGUGAUCCGCAGUAUCUGGGAUGAUGCUGCUUUAAGCAUGGCAAGCUCUAAGUUGUCCAGCUUCGACGGGGGUUGCCACACCAAAGGAAAGCAUGCUCAAGUUGACCCAUAUUUUGAUACCCCGAUACGAUUGCUGCCUCAUUACAUCACGGUAAGGAAGGAAAUCCGCGCAGUUUCUGACGGAAACUCCGCUCUCCAGAGAGCUAAGCCAGCUAAGCCAGCUAAGCCAGCUAAGCCCAAGUCUUCUUUCUACCACUUGGAGAGGAAGGACUGAAACUCGGCGAGUGGGAUAUCUUUCCUUGGCUCUCCAAUUUUGCCAAAGGCGAGACAAGGAAAUCUAAAAAGAAGACAAGAUCUUUGCCAUGCAGUCAGAAGUCCGUGUGUGUGUGUGUGCGUGCAAGCCAUCCAUUGCAAAGCGGGCGCUUCUGCGAUUGAAGAGUUCAACACGUAGCACGAGUAGCAAUGCCGACAGUAUGAUGAGGACUGCGGCGACGUCGGUGUGGGCUGUGUCUCUUCUCCUUCUUCUUCUUCUCCUUCUUGAAGAUUACUGUGCAAACAGAUCUUUCAGAAAACAGCGAUUGCCACAACUGAUUAAGGUGAUCUGCGGAUGGUCAUGGCCGGCCGAAGGAGAUGCUUGCGGAUGUGGUGAGGAAAAA